GAGGGUUCCAAGCCUGGUCUCUGUUUAUCAAUCCGAUUCUACACUGGCGCGAUACUGCUUAUCUACCGUACUCGUCCUGCUGUAUGAAAACGGUGUUCAUUCAAUGUCAGUUGCUCAGUAGGCCAAAGACCCUGCCAAUGUCGUAUAAUCCGUGCGACGUCCUCUAACAACCACCACUGUAACCAACACCAUCUACCAAGCGUACCGAAAUGGCGGUCCUUGUUCUCGGAGCUGGUGAACUGGGCACGGCCGUGCUCAGAUCUCUCAUGGCACACCCCUCACGACCAAUAGACUCCUCCGUCUCUGUUCUCCUCCGACCUUCCACAAUCAACUCGCCAGACGCAGAAAAAGUCGAACUGAUCGCCAGAUUAAAAGCCCAAUGCGUAUCCAUCGAAGCAGGCGAUCUCGCGAACGACUCUGUUCAGGAUCUCGCAGACACAUUUGCAAAGUACGACACGGUCGUCAGCUGUACAGGCUUUGUGGGGCCAACAGGCACACAGAGACGUAUCUGCGAAGCCGUCCUGCUCGGAAAGGUGCGGCGCUUUAUUCCCUGGCAGUUCGGCGUCGACUACGACAUCAUCGGGCGAGGGAGCCCGCAAGUACUCUUCGACGAGAUGCUUGAUGUCAGAGACGCGCUGAGGGCGCAGAGAGAGGUGGCAUGGGUCAUCAUCGGCACGGGCCUUUUCAUGACGUUUAUCUUUGUCGAGGACUUUGGCGUGGUGGACUUUGAAGAGAAGAGGUUGCGGGCCCUGGGCGGAUGGGACAUUGAGGUUACGCUCACGACCCCCGAUGAUAUUGGCAAGAUGACCGCGGAAGUUGUCUACGACCCACGCGGUAUCCCCGAAAAUGGCCGGAACGUGGUGUAUAUCGCCGGAGACACAGUCUCGUACAAACGCGUCGCGGACUUGGUUGAACAGAGGUUUCCGGAAAUCAAGUUCGUCAGGGAAAACUGGGACACGGAGUGGCUGAAGGAAAACCUCCAGAAGGACCCGGCAGACACUUGGAACAAGUACCGCGCCAUCUUUGGCGCAGGAAAGGGCGUCUCAUGGCCAAGUGAGGCGACCUUGAAUAGUGAGCGGGGCAUCGAGCUACAGGAUCUGGAGACAUUUCUCAGAAAGAUGGAAACCCCAGAUACGCUGAAGACAUAGAUUGAGGCUGUAUUCUAGUUGCAGGCUCUAGGAAACGUGACACAACAAUGUGCAGAGUGGAAAACAAGAG